UGAGGCCCAUGAAGCGGUUGCCUCAGGUCUCAUAAAUCUUUGAUUUUUUGGGGGGCCCAGCCGCCCACCCCCUCUGCAAAUCCUGAAAUGCCGCAAACCCUGCUCAGCUCCGCCCCUGCCCUUCUCCCUCCCUCGCUCUCGCUCGCUGCCGGCUGCCUGUCUCUCGCUCUCACUCGCUUCGUGCCUCCGUCGGACCGUCGCUGAGGUCGCUCGCCUCGCUCUCGCUUGCUGCCUCUCUCUCGCUCCGUCGCUCGCUGCCUCUCUGGCUCUCUCUUGCUCCGUCGCUCGCGGCUCGCCCUCGUGGCCGGUGGCUCGCUCCGUCGCUUGCUGUCUCUCGAGUGCCGAGCGACGGAGCCAGAACUGCUUCUCAGAGCCUCUCAGAGCCAGAACCUCCAGAUCUGCCUCGACUUUCUUUCUGUCCGACUUCUUAAUUAGCGAUAAAAGAAAUACGAUUCAUUCGGAAUGUUGCGGAGGAUGGUUUUUUCACCUAUUAGAUUUGGGAAGCUUGCUGCAUUCUUCAAUGCCUCCAGCACCAGCCAUUGCUGCUUUAGAAAUGUGUAUUCUUUUGCAAUUGCAGUGCCAUUACCAGUUAAGUUCUUCCUGUUUAGGCCACAAACUCCAAUCUCUGUGCUGGCUUUUUCUUUUGCUGGAAGUUUGAAUUUACCAGAAAAUUCAACUCAUCCAUAUAAAAGAUGUCGAUUUUCCUCGAGUGUUUUACCUGCUCCAGUCCAGGUGGGUGUACAUCCACAUUCUUCAGGAACUGUUGAAAUGGAUUGUGCAUUGGACUGCAAUAUGAAUGAUGCCGAUAAGCUAUGCAAAACUAUAACUGACACUUAUGAUCCCAAUAAUAACAAUUUGGAGAGAGCUCUUGACUUUGUUCACAUAAAACUCACAACUCCAUUGGUUCUCGAAAUCCUCCACAGUUUUCGUUUUGAGGAAAAGUUGGCCUUUAGGUUCUUUACCUGGGCAUCGCACCAAGAAUGUUAUUCUCAUGAAGCUCAGGCGUACAAUGAGAUGAUUGACAUAUUAUCCAGUACAAAGUACAUGGUGAAACAGUAUCGGAUAAUCUGUGACCUUCUGGAUUACUUGAAGAGAAAUGACAAGAAGUCUGUCCCUGUUGAUGUUUUAUUAACUAUUUUGAGACAGUACACUGAGAAACACCUGACACAUCUUCACAAAUUUGCCAAGAAGAAGAAGAUAAGGAUGAAGGCACAGCCAGAGAUUGAUGCCUUCAAUCUUCUUCUGGAUGCUCUCUGCAAGUGCAGUCUUGUUGAGGAUGCUGAAGCUAUGUUUUUGAAGAUAAAGAAUAAGAUUAAGCCCAAUCCUAAUACAUACAAUAUUCUGUUUUUUGGGUGGUGUAGGGUCAGGAAUCCAAUAAGAGCAAUGAGCAUACUCGAUGAAAUGAUCAAAAUGGGUCAUACUCCUGACAACUUCACUUACAACACUGCCAUAGAUACCUUCUGCAAAGCAGGUAUGGUUACAGAGGCAGCUGAGCUGUUGGUGUUCAUGAGAACAAAAGGUUCAACCAUGUCUUCCCCAACUGCAAAAACUUAUGCUAUUAUGAUUGUGGCACUUGUCCAAAAUGAUAGAAUGAAGGAAUCCUUUAAACUUCUGCAGGACAUGAUAAACAGUGGAUGUCUUCCUGAUGUAUCUACUUACAAGGAACUAAUUGAAGGCAUGUGCUUGGCUGGAAAGGUUGAGGCAGCUUACAAAUUCUUAGAAGAGAUGGCAAACAAAGGUUAUCCUCCUGAUGUAGUCACCUACAACUGUUUUCUAAAGGUUUUAUGUGAACAAAAAAACAGUCAUGAAGCACUCAGGCUGUUUGGGAAAAUGAUUGAAGCAGAUUGCAUGCCUAGUGUACAUACUUUUAACAUGCUAAUUGCAAUGUUUUUUGAGAUGGAAGAUCCUGAUGGGGCCUUUGAGACAUGGCAUGAGAUGGACAAGAGGGGCUGUGCACGUGAUGUUGAUACUUAUUGUUUGAUGGUUCAAGGGCUUUUUGGUUGUAAUAAUAUUGAGUCUGCCUGUUUUCUUUUGGAAGAAAUUAUAAAUAAGGGACUGAAAUUGCCAUAUUGGAAGUUUGAUUCCUUCUUGAAGCAACUUUCCGAUAUUGGUGACCUCCGAGGUAUCCAGAGACUCUCAGAACAUAUGAGGAUAUUCUAUAAUCCUGCUAUGGCACGGCGUUUUGCAUUGUGUCAGAAGCGGAAGAGCACAAGCCUAAGAGGGAAGCAAUAAGAUUUAGAUGUACUACAAAAAAAGAAAAAAGAAUGUCUCACUAUGGGUUUGUUUCAUGGUGGCAGAAUGAAAAGUUACAUUGAUCUCUUAACCAGGAUGUUUUUUAAAUCCUCAGAAGUUUUUGCAACUUGUUUGGGUACAAACCUAGCAAUUUGCCUUUUGCAGGAAGAAUUCCAUUGGCCCAUCAAUACUUAAUUAAAAGGAGGUGAGAUGUCUGUAAUGAUCCUAUGGCAGCAUCAGAAGGUCACAUCCAUUGUUUUGGAGCAUUGGAAUUUUCUGAAAUGGGUUUGACAAGAUAGAACUAGCUCUUUCCAGAAUUGCACCUCUCCCUCAGUCUCGGAAUUGCACACCAAAGGUGCAAAGCCUAUUUUGGAUGAACAGCGAAAAGACGAUUUUGAUGCUUGAUUGGAGCUGAACGAGGUGGUGAGGGCAUGAUUGGAUACUUUUGGGGAUCAAUUUGAACUCGAAGAGCUUCAAGAGCAAAAAGUGAAAUUUGAAAAGUUCGGGGACCAAUUUCCACUAAAUUUGGAAGUGAACCACGACCUAUCGCGGCAUGCAUAUUGCGGUAGGAUGAAGCCAUUGUUGCUCACGGCCUUGCCGUUGUGUAUGCCUACCAUGGUAGGGCACGAGUUCGGCUAGAAAGGUUUGUUUCAGGCCUGUUUUUUCUAAUUGAAUUGGGACGGAGUCUUUCUUGUGCAUGACUUUCAAGGCCUGAGGAGCAUUAUAUAAGGACUUAUUCUCCAUAACACAGGGACGACCACAGAGUAGAGAGAAGAGAGAAGAGAGAUCGAGUUGAAGGAGAGAAGAGAUUUUGAAGAAACUCAAGAUUAGGGUUGAAAAAAUUGUUCAUUUAUUAAGCAGCAAUGUGCCGAUGCAUAUAAAAUUAUAGGGGGAAAGGUUAUGGGGGCGGAGUUCUUUGAAAUAUGUGUGGACAAGGCAAUCAAAGCUAUAUAUGAAAGAUCUUCUUUAAGUCUAUAUGCAUGUGAUUCUAUGAACCAAUACUGUGGCAUGGAGGAUUAUUGAUGAUGUUGAAUUCUACUAGAUGAGCUUAUUCUUGAUGGUUGUUAUUUUAGUUCAAGAUCUUGAAGGGGUUAUUACAAGGCUCAAGUGGAAUUCCAAAUUAUUUUUGUGAUUGAUAUCUAAUUGGCUAGAUUUCAGGUAGUUAUGGGUUUGCUAGCCUUUAUAAGUUGGGGUUAUGCUAUGAAGAUGUUAUUUUAUUUGAAAUUCUCAAUUAUUUGUGGGUUGUAAUUUGAUCUUUAUCUCACUUCUUAGUAAGCCUGUUCCAGUUUAGCUGUGACUUUUUCUUACAGGAAGGUCAAUCAUUUGCGGUAUAUCAUGUAUCAACAAACCUUGGAUUCUUAAUGAAAUUAAGUUCCAGUGUUU